UGUUCAAAGCUAUUCUCACUUUCCAUUUUCUUCUAUUUCUAGGGUUACUUCUCUUUCUCAUAUUCUACCGGUAUUUCGUGUGUGUUUCCGACAAAUUGAGCGAAGAUAUGAACUUUGAAGCUCUUCGGUUCGUCGAUCUGGUGGUUCUUCUGACCGGAUUCUGGUAGGUUCUGCUGUGGAAUCUGACUGAUUUGCUUGAUUCUUGGGUCUUGACUCUCGUCAGGAAUCAUGUUUCUUGUCGAUUGGUUCUAUGGUGUCCUUGCAUCUCUUGGUCUUUGGCAGAAGGAGGCCAAGAUCUUGUUUCUAGGGCUUGAUAAUGCUGGGAAAACAACGCUUCUUCAUAUGUUGAAAGAUGAGAGACUGGUUCAGCAUCAGCCGACACAGUAUCCAACAUCGGAGGAACUGAGUAUUGGGAAAAUUAAGUUUAAGGCCUUCGAUUUAGGAGGACAUCAGAUCGCUCGCAGAGUCUGGAAAGAUUACUAUGCCAAGGUAGAUGCUGUGGUUUACCUGGUGGAUGCAUAUGAUAGAGAGAGGUUUGCAGAGUCAAAGAAAGAGCUGGAUGCCCUCCUUUCAGAUGAAUCAUUGGCAAAUGUUCCGUUCCUCAUUCUGGGGAACAAAAUUGACUUACCUUAUGCAGUCUCUGAGGAAGAGCUGCGGUACCACCUUGGCCUGACAAACUUCACCACAGGCAAGGGUAAGGUGAACCUCACUGACUCUAAUGUCCGUCCUCUUGAGGUCUUCAUGUGCAGCAUUGUCCGGAAAAUGGGGUAUGGUGAGGGCUUCAAGUGGCUCUCUCAAUACAUCAAGUAGGAACAAGGCAGGCUAUGACUCCAACUAUGCAGAUGGUUUUUGCCGGCCACUCUGCUGCAAUGAACCACUGGUCUUGAUAUUAUGGUGUCAUCCCUUUGAAUUGGCUUUGAGAGGUAUUUAAUGAUUGCUGCAAUGUAAAGUGAGUCGCGAAUUUUAGUUUGUUUUGGCAGGUUUGACAUUUCAGAUACUGUGUCACUCUUUUCUCCUGUUCCUUGGGUUAGUAAAGUACAAGGCGGUGUUUUUUUGUUUAUCUAUUCUUAUAGAACACCAGGAUUUGCAUGCUAAUAAUGUGAUCGAGGUUUCAGUACAUUGUUAAUGGUUUACUCGAAGAUUUUGAGCCACCAA